GGGGCAGCGGAGCGCUUUACUGCCAAAUAAAACCAAGAGAAGAAGAAACAGGAGCUAUACCGGAAGCACUAGUUGGAGUAGCCAUGAAGAUGACGGAUGAAAACAUUUCUGGAAACUCCGAAAUAACAAUGGGUGAUGUUAAAAACCUCAUCAAGAAGAAAGAUGAAAUUGAAGAGCAGAUAAAGGCGUAUUACGACGUCCUACAAGACCAGGGGGUCGGAGUUGAAGACUCCUUGGUGGAUGCGGAGGGUUACCCACGAGCAGAUGUUAAUCUGUACCAGAUUAGGACGGCAAGGCACAACAUUUCAUGCCUACAGAACGAUCACAAGGCCAUCAUGGCGGAGAUAGAAGAAGCCCUGCACAAGCUGCAUGCUCGAGAGAAAGCCAAACGGGAACAGGAUGAGGCAGAAGCCCAAGAGGAGGCGAUGGAACAUCAGGUCACGCUGCCUCCACCUUUCGCACGGGUGGAUGCUGUGACAGAGGGAUCACCUGCCUGUGGAGCUGGGCUCCGAGUCGGUGAUGAAUUGAUCGAAUUUGGUUCUGUGAACACGGGCAACUUUCAGAACCUCCAGAAUAUUGCUUCUGUGGUGCAACACAGUGAAGGGAAACCAUUGCGGGUCUCGGUGAUCCGGGCUGGCCAGAAAGUUCAGAUGAGCCUGACUCCACAGCGGUGGUCAGGCAGAGGUUUGCUGGGAUGUAACAUCAUUCCAGUUCAGCGAUGAUCACCCUAACACUUAAAGUUUGAAAACUCUUCCUCUGGCCUUUUCACUACUUUAAUGGGAACUUGGAACAAUCUCCUUCAUUCCAGUUUUCAGAAUGGGAUGUAUGAAAAUAAAGCAACUCUGUUCAAGAAGUCAUGCUGAGUUUACUGAGUGUGGAGCUGAACCUUGAUUAGAUUUGUGUUUAAAAAGCAGCUUUAUGGUAUUCAGUGUUGAGGGUUUGAUUUCUUGUUGGGAGCACAGCUGCACACUUAUUUAUAUAUUAAUUUAAAAAGAAAAUAUCUCCCAGUGGUCCGAAGCGACGGCGAGCUGACUGUGAGAACAUGUCUGAUUUGCAGUACUCUGUUAAUAAAGGCUUAUUUUGAA